AUGGCUCUGUUUUUGGGAGGUGGCGGAAGCGAGCGGAGCAUGGGUUCCGCGACACAGAGCUCGCCGGCGCCGGCGCCGCCGCGGAAACGCGCCGAGCUGGAGGCGACUUGCUUCCGUGUGCCGCUGCACUAUCCGAGGUACAGCAGGGCGGACUACGAGGCGAUGCCGGAGUGGAAGCUCAACUUCCUCCUCGCCCAGUACGGCCUCCCCUCCACCGGGGAUCUCUCCCAGAAGAGGAGCUUCGCCAUGGGAGCCUUCCUCUGGCCGUCUCAGUGA